AUGGCGGACGCUGUAGCUGAUGACGAUGUUACUUUACCAAGAGGUAAUGUGAAAAUGUUCUUUCUUUUUGAAACCUUUUCAGCACUCUAACUUCUUUGGAUCGUAGAAAAGAUCUCUCUUGCCUUUUUUUUGUAUAUUUCAUGGUAAAAAGGGGUUUGUUUGUCCGUUUUUGCCGAAAUUUUGUGUUAAUUUUAACUUACAAGUAAGCUCACUUCGUUUCUAUAAACCAUUUAAAUUAUAACUAAUAAGCACAUAUAGUUUGACCUUUUUAUGUUACAGCUAAGUCGUAUCAAAAAAUUUAUUCAGGUCCACUGCGCCACGCAGCCACUGAAUAAUUGUUAUGCUAAAAUUAUUGUACUUAAACAAGAACAAACCGAAUGUUCGAAACAAAACUUCAAUAUUUAUUAAAACGAACAAUAACAGAAACUGUAACAGUAACAAAUACAAAUGUAUACGGCAAAUGUUCAGUGAGGGAAUUUUAAUCUAUUUCUACACUGAUCGCUUUGACAGUGUCACUUACAUCACUACUGUAAAUAAAAGCUUUCUGUUGCAGUAUCUUCAACAUUCAAUUCGUUGAUCCCAUCAAAAGGAUCCUUGUUGCAUGAAAAUAAAAUAAUUGCUCAAUGUAACCGACUUGUUCCUGGAUCCUUCCUUGCCUGAUCGACCAGCCAAGCUAUCACCACAAAAUUUGAAGAAGAGAUCAUUCAUUUGAAGAAUUUAUGUACUCACAUGGACGUGAUCAGAUAGUUGUGAAACUCAGACGAACACCACUGUUUUUGUAAUAUGGCAUUACUGUUCAUUUGUGAACCACAGUUGAUACGUACCCAUACUCAAAGAUUAUAAUAUUGGACUAGACAUAUAUUAUCGCAAAAUCCUUGCGAAGCUUUAAAGGAUCAGCAGUGAGAACAAAGGGAAAGAAGCCAAAGAAAAAAACAUGAUCCGAAAACUAAAAAGGAAAAAAAAUGUAGAAAGUUUAAAAGUACUGUAUUUCCUGGAAUAAUAGCUGGGGGCAAUUAGAAGGGGGUGAUUAUUCGAGGGGGGCAGUUAUUUCAAAUAUUGCUCACCGGAAGUCAAGCCCUUAAAUAUUUUGUUUUAUUAUCGCAUUGAAUAAAAAAAUUAUCACAUCAAAUAAACUGAAUAUGGGCUUUUUAAGUGUUCCAAAUUUAGUUCCUUGAUUAAUUUUCAGAGCUUGAAUAAUCACUGAUUAGUUUUGCUGGAUCAAAUUUCCCUUCAACUGGACAGGCAAGGGGAUAAAAGAAAGAGAAGGUGGUGAGAGGGUGGGGGGGGAUUAUUGAAGGGAGGCGAUUAUUUCAAAUAUCUCCAUCAAAGAGGGGCGAUUAUUUGAGGGAGGUGAUUAAUUGAGCGACGGCUGUUAUUUGAGGAAAUACGGGAUGUCUUUGCUGGGAUUCAAACUCGCUCCUUCCGAAAGUUCAAUAAGUGAAGUUGGAUCCUUGACCAAUACGCCACACAGCCACUGAAUAAUUGUUAUGCUAAAAUUAUUAUGCGUAAAGCAUUUCUCUCUGCCGUGAAUACUGUUUGAAGUUGGUGGAACUGAAUUUAUCAUGAAUUCAAAGAUACAUUUGAAAAAAAUUAGCUAAAAGAUGUGUAUUAAAGCUAUUUUGCAUUAUUUUGGUCUUAAUUCACUCUCGUGUUCAACAGCAUGUGGAAGUACGGAGCUGAAACUAGUCUUUAAUUUGAUCAAUCUGUCACAUCGAUUAUCGGGGAAAGAAUCAAUUCAUUGUUGGUUUGCCUUGGUGUAGCAUGAAUUCAAAGGCACAGAUUUUAGGGAAAAUUAAGGUUUGGAUGGUGAAAAGCACAAGUGAAAUGCACUUUUGAAUAAAAUUAAACAUGAUAGUGCCCCACAGCAUUUGCAUUCACACCUAAUCUGGCAUUGCCUGGCAACCCAAAAAUACACCCUGAUGUCACAACUAAUUAAUGUCAACUGCAGACACCCAAGAGAUCUAUAGAAAUAUUCCCAAUAGAUGCACAAGGUGCAUUUUAAAAUCUUUAAUGCAGGGAUGCAGUUGUUAUCAAAAGAAUUAUUGUAAAGAAAAAUAUUAAUGCUUAUCAUUGAAAUUAAUAACUUAAAGCUGUUGUUACAUUUACUGUACAGAUCAGAGAUAUUUUUCCUCUUUUUGAUUUUUUUCUUUUGUAUCAUUUUUCGCAUUUACACGUAUUUUCCUUUGGUUCUACUUAUCUGCCUUUUGGGAUUUCAAAGUGUUACUGUUGGCCAUAUUAACACUGUGAUCAGGGUUUUCUUCUUGCAUGGGCAUUUUAAUGGGACAAGUAUUCGUACUAUAAAUUAUCGUCAGUGAGAAGUAUCUACUAGCAGUAUUUUAAAGUAUUCAUUUUAAAUUAACCCCUUAAACCCUAAGAGUGGUCAGCAUCAAAUUUCUCCUUUUAAUACCAACACUUUGUAAAACAGAUUGGUCAUGAGCAUUAUGGACAUCAUCAUCUUCUCCCCACUACUUCUGUAGGAAAUGAAUAGGGGCAACAUAUGAGUAUUCAAAUUUUGAUCUUAUGGUUUGUAGCCCUGUUUAACAGUAAUAACGUGUAUGUUCCAUUACUUUAUUAAGCUGCUGUCAACAAGAUGAUCAAGGAGAUGAUUCCCAAUGUCCGAGUGUCCAAUGAUGCACGUGAACUUAUUCUAAACUGUUGCACAGGUGGGUACCGUAGUAGCAACUCUUUCACUCUUGAACAUAUUUACAAUAAUUAUCACCGAAGGUGAAGUUCAUAUUGUUGAAUAGUCUCCGCGACAACUUUGCCAUGAAGUCAUUUCUUACCCUCAAAAUCAUCAACGGUAAGAUAUUCUUGUAUUUCAAAAAGUUCUUACUCUGAAACUUUGGUAAAACACCCAGUUCACGAUAGUGAUUUUGUUUUGCUUUAUAUUCACUGCUUAGUGUGGUGAAUGUAACAUCAUAGUCUAAAACAGUGAACCAAUUAGUGAAAGAGAAAAAAUAGCGAAAAAUUCCAACUUCUAGUUAAAUCUUUUCUUAUGGUUGAGAAUAAAAUAUUUUUGAAACUGAUCUAAUGUUUUCAGAUCAAAGCUGUGUAAAUCGAACUGAAACAGUGCAUGGAACCUUGCAUUUCCUGUUUUUACUCUCACCUAUUGUAUGGAAUAUGUGUGAAAAGCUUCAUUAUGAAUCAGUAUAAUUAUUCCAAAGAGCUACACAAUGACCAAGAAUACUAUUGACUGACAAUAUACAGAGCGGGAUUAGCUGUAGUGUCAACUAUUACUAGUGUAAUAAGAGUAAACUUUAAAAUGUAGUAUACCUGCCAACUUUUUUUGAUUUAUAGGUGUAACAUUUUUAUCCUGAGAGUGCCAGGAUUUUUCGUACAGUUCCGAUAAUAUCCGAAGAUGUUCUAAGAUGGUUCGAAGAUACUGCGAAGAGUUUCAUCUAAUACGAACACAGGAACAUGAAGAGUCACACGAUCUCUUCUCCAGUGACUUUCCCUACUAAAAAUGAAUAGGAGAAUUUGGAGAAAGUCAAUCAUUCACAUAGACUAAAGUCCAUUUCUUUAAUUCUAAAUUUGGUUCCAGUUUCCUUAAAUAAUUAAUAUAUUUCAAAAUGAGACAGUUAAUGCUGUAAAGGCUCAAAAAUUUUUACCAGUCAUGAGAAAUUAGAACACAGGCAUGAGUAGGCGUGAGAUCGAAGUUUUCAAUCCACAGGCGUGACAAUCAUGCCUUAGGCUUGGCACUUGGCAGGUAUAUUAUAGCACUGAGUGCAUGUUAGUGAUAUGGUUCAUUUCUGAUUGUCCCUUAUAGAGUUCAUUCAUCUAGUGUCAUCAGAGGCAAAUGAGAUCUGCAAUCGUCAACUAAAGAAGACAAUUCUCCCUGAACAUGUAUUCCAAGCUUUGCAGGUAACGUUUGUUAAUUAUAAUAAAGUUGCAUGUCAUACACAAACUACCAAUAAUCUCCUGAGUUUCAUUGUUCAUUGCCAGUUAGCAUACAAUUUUCAUAAAAAUUCUCAGCUUUAUUUUAUUUCAAACUUGGCUUUGGGGAGCAUAUGUUAAGUUAUGAUCUCCAAUUAACAUGAACAUCAAAGAUGCAGCUACUGAAGAGGUAUCCAGUGGCUGAAAGAGAGCAUACGUGUAUGUACCACAGGCUCAAUUUGGGUUCAAGCUAAAAAACAAAGAUAUGGGGUAAUUUUGAAGGUGCAGCUUAGUAGAAAGUUACAGAGCUUUUCCUUAGCUACAUUCUUGGAAUAUUAUGUCCUGCUAUUUCACAAAAUCAAUAGUGUACAAUUGGUAAAAAAGAUUUUAAUUAUGUGCUGAAAAAUUAAUGUCCUCUACCAAGUGAACAGAAAAAUGUUUGCCAACCUGUUGUCAGUCUAGCUAAGUACAAUGUAAGUACAUUGCAACUGCCUGAUUGUUGAAUAAUACAUCUUUCCUGCGUUUGAUAUUAAAAGGUUAUGAUAUUGUGAUGGAAAUAACUUAAAAUUAUAUUUUACUUGCUCCUUUGGUUUGCUCUUUUAGGGACUAGGUUUUCAUUCUUACAUUGAAGAAGUAAGAUCAGUUCUCCAGGAAUGUAAAACACAGGCUGCUGUAAGUACACUAUUGAUAAGAUGGUGAAAAAUUUUAAUGUUAUAAUAAACAAUACGUUUAUUGUACUUAGAAUAAUUUUUGAGCCUCUGGGAAUUGUCCCAUGGUAUGACUUCUCCAACCCAAUAACAUAACCUUCCGUAGAAGGGCAUAACUUUCUCUAGUUGUUAUGGUUAAGUGUAGGUUUACCACAGAACCUCUUCUUAAGGCUUUUUUUGCUCUAAUUUUCUUUUUUCACAUUCUUUAAUUCAACGGUUGUUCUUACUUGCUUAUUUUUUUAACAGAACAAAAGAAGAGCAAGCACACGGCUAGAGAAUCUGGUUAGAUUUAAUCGUUUUUUAACUCUUCAGUGUUCAAUACGUGCAUAAGGUUAUUAAUAGUGCAACAUUUGUUAUUCUUAUUUAUAAACCAUCUGCUUUACCAGUGUUUAAGACAUUAAAUAAUGUCCUGAAAGGUUGUUGCUUAAAUUGGAUUAUAGUCCAUAAUUUCAAAAAUAAAUUGCAUCAAUAUCCAUCCCUUUCAGUGUAUAUGUUGCAGUUAUUUUUUUAUUGCAGUUAAUUUUGUAUUUCCUUUGUUUUAAAUUCAUUUGCAUCAUUUUUGAUAUUAUCAAAAAACAAAGGAUAAAUAAAAAUUAACUGAGAUGAAAAAUUAACUAUAACAAAUAGUCUGACAUAUUUACAUUUGGAUCCAAAAAAUUAUGUACUAUGUAAAUGUAUCAAAUGUGGCAAUGGCUGUUGCAGAAUCAGUGAAAAUUAAAACUAAACUGGCUUGAAAUUUUCAAACUGAAGAAAAAUUUGCGCUGCAACAUUUCUACAUAUUAUUGUCUCUUGUGGAUCUUAUUUUGUUCUCCAUUAUACAUGUUGCUGAAGUCUUACAGUAAUAAUUAUUGGUUUUCUGUCAACAGUUCCUCUGUAAAAAAUUAUUUCUUGUUACAAUUGUGGUUUUUGAGGAGGACACAAAACAUUAAAAUUUCAUUGUUAAUUAACAAUAGUAUUGUUGCCUUUCAAGGGUAUUCCGGAAGAAGAACUUUUGCGGCAACAGCAAGAGCUGUUUCAUCAGGCACGUCUCCAGCAAGCUCAGGUAAAUCAUACUUACAGUAAUUACAUGUACCUGCAACUAAGAAUCUAAGUCUAAAAAGCUGGUUUAAGAACCUGUUAAGCCCCUGUUAGGCUUGCCAGUUACGGUAAGCUAUACAAGAACCUUUUUAGCCUAAAAUCUGAAACAGGUUCCUAUUUUCUAAAAUCUAUAAAAAAAAUUGGUACAACUGGGCAAAUAUGUUAAGUCAAUAUUCUGAAGCCUCUUUGGAGACUUAGAUACCUUAUCUCUCCAACUGCAAGGUAAUGGUAUGUUAUGCUGGUAUGCAGGUUUGAAAAAAUAAAGAUAAUGCUCUUAUAUAUCUAUAAAUUGUAUUUUUUUUCUUUAAAUUAAAUAACCUAAAUAGCCUAAAUUUUUGCUGAUUAACAUUUAUGUGAGAACCAAUUCAGGCUAACUUGGGAAAGUGCAGGAUUUUAGUCACGGGAUUUUACUGUAUUUACUGUAUUUAUAUACUAAAAUAAUGUAAUAACCUGCAACAAUCAUUGUAUCUUAAAGUUGCACUUUAUUACAAUGUAUAAAGAAAGGUAUUUAAAAAAUGUAGAUACAGCCUGUGAUUGGACAUUUAUUGCAAAUGUAAUAUUUAUACACUUAAUGUCAGAUCCCAAGGGAAACAGUUUUGUUACAACGGAAAACAAAACUAACUGGUUUCCCGAGGGACCUGGCAUUAAGUGUUUUGUUAUAUUUCUAGACUUUCACUUCAACAGCAACAAAAGAAUAACCUGAGCGAACCAAAACAGUCGACUCGGUACUUAUAGCAGCACAAGUUUAAUUCUUAACACCACUUUACAAAGUACUUUCCCUAUAUUAUCUGCAUCUUUUUCCUCCACCAGCAACUGUUUCUCUUCUGGGAUGACUUUAAAAAUCGUUGUUUUUUAGCUUGAGGCUUCGUGUUUGUGUUCAAGUUGUCGUGUUCAUUUACGAAAGAGAAAACUGGCAGUGAUUUUUCCGUCUUCUGUCCACUUUCCACCAUGCUUUGAUCACGUUCUGUAAUGUAGCCUGAGCAGGGGAAAAUUAGUUAAUGUAUCACGACCAGGAUACAUUUGAUUUUAGUCAAGGCCAUGUGACCAAGAAUCAACCAAUGGCAGUCCCUGUUUAGUUGAGUGAAAGUCUAGGAAUAUAACAAAUACAGUUGUAUACUGUACAACAUUGUCAAAACGUUGUUAGCGUAAACUUUCAACUGAAUCUAGAUUGUUUCCUGUUGGUUCAAAUUUUAGUGUAGUUGCUUAUUUAAUUGUUGCAAUGUGUUCAAUUUUCCCUUUUCUGUAAAAUUAGGGAUAACCGUCUUUUUUUGGAUUAUAGGCUGAACAAGAGGAAUUUCAGCAAUUUCAACAAGCUCUCAUGUUAGUGAUAUGGUUCAUUUCUGAUUGUCCCUUAUAGAGUUCAUUCAUCUAGUGUCAUCAGAGGCAAAUGAGAUCUGCAAUCGUCAACUAAAGAAGACAAUUCUCCCUGAACAUGUAUUCCAAGCUUUGCAGGUAACGUUUGUUAAUUAUAAUAAAGUUGCAUGUCAUACACAAACUACCAAUAAUCUCCUGAGUUUCAUUGUUCAUUGCCAGUUAGCAUACAAUUUUCAUAAAAAUUCUCAGCUUUAUUUUAUUUCAAACUUGGCUUUGGGGAGCAUAUGUUAAGUUAUGAUCUCCAAUUAACAUGAACAUCAAAGAUGCAGCUACUGAAGAGGUAUCCAGUGGCUGAAAGAGAGCAUACGUGUAUGUACCACAGGCUCAAUUUGGGUUCAAGCUAAAAAACAAAGAUAUGGGGUAAUUUUGAAGGUGCAGCUUAGUAGAAAGUUACAGAGCUUUUCCUUAGCUACAUUCUUGGAAUAUUAUGUCCUGCUAUUUCACAAAAUCAAUAGUGUACAAUUGGUAAAAAAGAUUUUAAUUAUGUGCUGAAAAAUUAAUGUCCUCUACCAAGUGAACAGAAAAAUGUUUGCCAACCUGUUGUCAGUCUAGCUAAGUACAAUGUAAGUACAUUGCAACUGCCUGAUUGUUGAAUAAUACAUCUUUCCUGCGUUUGAUAUUAAAAGGUUAUGAUAUUGUGAUGGAAAUAACGUAAAAUUAUAUUUUACUUGCUCCUUUGGUUUGCUCUUUUAGGGACUAGGUUUUCAUUCUUACAUUGAAGAAGUAAGAUCAGUUCUCCAGGAAUGUAAAACACAGGCUGCUGUAAGUACACUAUUGAUAAGAUGGUGAAAAAUUUUAAUGUUAUAAUAAACAAUACGUUUAUUGUACUUAGAAUAAUUUUUGAGCCUCUGGGAAUUGUCCCAUGGUAUGACUUCUCCAACCCAAUAACAUAACCUUCCGUAGAAGGGCAUAACUUUCUCUAGUUGUUAUGGUUAAGUGUAGGUUUACCACAGAACCUCUUCUUAAGGCUUUUUUUGCUCUAAUUUUCUUUUUUCACAUUCUUUAAUUCAACGGUUGUUCUUACUUGCUUAUUUUUUUAACAGAACAAAAGAAGAGCAAGCACACGGCUAGAGAAUCUGGUUAGAUUUAAUCGUUUUUUAACUCUUCAGUGUUCAAUACGUGCAUAAGGUUAUUAAUAGUGCAACAUUUGUUAUUCUUAUUUAUAAACCAUCUGCUUUACCAGUGUUUAAGACAUUAAAUAAUGUCCUGAAAGGUUGUUGCUUAAAUUGGAUUAUAGUCCAUAAUUUCAAAAAUAAAUUGCAUCAAUAUCCAUCCCUUUCAGUGUAUAUGUUGCAGUUAUUUUUUUAUUGCAGUUAAUUUUGUAUUUCCUUUGUUUUAAAUUCAUUUGCAUCAUUUUUGAUAUUAUCAAAAAACAAAGGAUAAAUAAAAAUUAACUGAGAUGAAAAAUUAACUAUAACAAAUAGUCUGACAUAUUUACAUUUGGAUCCAAAAAAUUAUGUACUAUGUAAAUGUAUCAAAUGUGGCAAUGGCUGUUGCAGAAUCAGUGAAAAUUAAAACUAAACUGGCUUGAAAUUUUCAAACUGAAGAAAAAUUUGCGCUGCAACAUUUCUACAUAUUAUUGUCUCUUGUGGAUCUUAUUUUGUUCUCCAUUAUACAUGUUGCUGAAGUCUUACAGUAAUAAUUAUUGGUUUUCUGUCAACAGUUCCUCUGUAAAAAAUUAUUUCUUGUUACAAUUGUGGUUUUUGAGGAGGACACAAAACAUUAAAAUUUCAUUGUUAAUUAACAAUAGUAUUGUUGCCUUUCAAGGGUAUUCCGGAAGAAGAACUUUUGCGGCAACAGCAAGAGCUGUUUCAACAGGCACGUCUCCAGCAAGCUCAGGUAAAUCAUACUUACAGUAAUUACAUGUACCUGCAACUAGGAAUCUAAGUCUAAAAAGCUGGUUUAAGAACCUGUUAAGCCCCUGUUAGGCUUGCCAGUUACGGUAAGCUAUACAAGAACCUUUUUAGCCUAAAAUCUGAAACAGGUUCCUAUUUUCUAAAAUCUAUAAAAAAAAUUGGUACAACUGGGCAAAUAUGUUAAGUCAAUAUUCUGAAGCCUCUUUGGAGACUUAGAUACCUUAUCUCUCCAACUGCAAGGUAAUGGUAUGUUAUGCUGGUAUGCAGGUUUGAAAAAAUAAAGAUAAUGCUCUUAUAUAUCUAUAAAUUGUAUUUUUUUUCUUUAAAUUAAAUAACCUAAAUAGCCUAAAUUUUUGCUGAUUAACAUUUAUGUGAGAACCAAUUCAGGCUAACUUGGGAAAGUGCAGGAUUUUAGUCACGGGAUUUUACUGUAUUUACUGUAUUUAUAUACUAAAAUAAUGUAAUAACCUGCAACAAUCAUUGUAUCUUAAAGUUGCACUUUAUUACAAUGUAUAAAGAAAGGUAUUUAAAAAAUGUAGAUACAGCCUGUGAUUGGACAUUUAUUGCAAAUGUAAUAUUUAUACACUUAAUGUCAGAUCCCAAGGGAAACAGUUUUGUUACAACGGAAAACAAAACUAACUGGUUUCCCGAGGGACCUGGCAUUAAGUGUUUUGUUAUAUUUCUAGACUUUCACUUCAACAGCAACAAAAGAAUAACCUGAGCGAACCAAAACAGUCGACUCGGUACUUAUAGCAGCACAAGUUUAAUUCUUAACACCACUUUACAAAGUACUUUCCCUAUAUUAUCUGCAUCUUUUUCCUCCACCAGCAACUGUUUCUCUUCUGGGAUGACUUUAAAAAUCGUUGUUUUUUAGCUUGAGGCUUCGUGUUUGUGUUCAAGUUGUCGUGUUCAUUUACGAAAGAGAAAACUGGCAGUGAUUUUUCCGUCUUCUGUCCACUUUCCACCAUGCUUUGAUCACGUUCUGUAAUGUAGCCUGAGCAGGGGAAAAUUAGUUAAUGUAUCACGACCAGGAUACAUUUGAUUUUAGUCAAGGCCAUGUGACCAAGAAUCAACCAAUGGCAGUCCCUGUUUAGUUGAGUGAAAGUCUAGGAAUAUAACAAAUACAGUUGUAUACUGUACAACAUUGUCAAAACGUUGUUAGCGUAAACUUUCAACUGAAUCUAGAUUGUUUCCUGUUGGUUCAAAUUUUAGUGUAGUUGCUUAUUUAAUUGUUGCAAUGUGUUCAAUUUUCCCUUUUCUGUAAAAUUAGGGAUAACCGUCUUUUUUUGGAUUAUAGGCUGAACAAGAGGAAUUUCAGCAAUUUCAACAAGCUCAAGCAGCAGCUUUCCAACAACAACAACAACAACAACAACAACAACAGACACUUCAACCCAGCACAUCAACUCUACCUCCUCCAGCAACCCAGUGA